CCAAGUGGGGCCACGAAUAAUAGAAGAUGCCACUCUUCCCCACUCCACUCCGAGCCCUAUUCUCCCCCGGCACCGCCGCCUCCUCCACCUCCGCGCUGCCGCCGCCCCGUCGACCGCCGCUCGCGGGAGCCCUCCUCUUCCUCAGCCUAGGAGCCGUAGCGGGUUGCGCCCUCUCCACCCGCCGUCUCCCCUUCCUCCGGGCAAUAAGCUCUGCUCGAAUGGAGUCUACUUCCACGACCGUACCUUCCAUUGUUGUGUAUGUGACAGUUCCGAAUCGGGAAGCAGGCAAAAAGCUAUCAGCAAGCAUUAUCAGUGAGAAGCUUGCUGCUUGUGUGAACAUAGUGCCUGGAAUUGAAUCUGUUUACUGGUGGGAGGGAAAGGUGCAAACCGAUGCUGAAGAGCUGCUCAUCAUCAAGACCAGAGAAUCUCUUCUAAACGCCUUGACUGAACAUGUGAAAGCAAACCAUGAGUAUGAUGUUCCUGAAGUCAUCGCGCUGCCCAUCAGCGGAGGUAACCUCAAGUACCUGGAGUGGCUCAAGAACAGCACCAGGGAGAAGUGAUCUGGCUAGAGCUUUCCAUGGACCUCAUCUGUGAGUAGAGUACCUAGUGGUGUGGAUUGUGGAGUGUCUGUUCUGGUUUGAGACGCCGAGCUUGUUCAUAAAGACUUUAGUAGCCUCUCUGCCUCGAUGGCGUUGCCGUGACAAAUCGGUCGAUCUGUACUGUCUCCUAGGGUCAAAUAAAAUUCAGAAGCGUGUAGCGUCGAGACGAUUGCACAUGAAA